AUGAGGGCGAGUGAGGGACGGAGGUUGGGUGAGGUGAGUGAGUGUGGUAGAGUGAGUGGGGGAGGAGAGAGUGAGUGUGGUAGAGUGAGUGGGGGAGGAGAGAGUGAGUGUGGUAGAGGUUACAUCACCGAUGUCAUAACACGAUAUUUAGAAUCACCAGAAUCAUCGGUAACUUACGCCGUCGGAAUUGUAAUCAUUACUGUUGUCGGACAAAUUCUAUGGAGUCUUUCACAAACAAUUUCCCUCUUUUAUGGACUACAAUCAGGAAUACGAUUUCGAUCUGCAAUACUGGGAAUGACUUACAAAAAACUCCUGAAGUUGAAGAGUAUGAAUGGGAUGAUUGCAUCUGAGAUCAUAACAAUUUUCGGAUCUGACUCCUUGAGAGUGUUUCUGAACACUUUGCUGUUCGUGUACAUUCUGUCAAUGCCCGUCUACCUGAUAAUCGGGACUUUCUACAUCUACUACCUCAUAGGACUUUGGUGCUUCGUAGCUCUUGCCGCAUUUGUCGUCUUCUACGUCAUACAGGUCUUUCUGAUUGAAAUAAUAUCAUAUCUCCGACGAAAGACGUUAGAAUGGACAGAUGUAAGGAUACGAAAGAUGAAUGAAGUUCUCUCCAGCAUGAAGUUGAUAAAAAUGUAUGCGUGGGAGGAAUCAUUUAAAAAAUCUAUAAUGGAUAUAAGGGAAACUGAAACAAGGGAAAUACUACAAUCGUUAAUAUCAAACUUGAUAUCCAAUGCUUUCUCGCCGAUUACUCCGUCCUUAGCUACUGUAGCUACCAUAGCAACGUAUGUAAACGCGGGAAAUGAAUUGACAGCAUCUACGGCAUUUUCGAUUGUUGCUACCCUCAGUUUCAUGCGGAUCUUAGUGUCUCAUGUUCCGUUCGCCGCUCAAAUGUUUGCAGAAACCAUGAUCAGUUUUGAGAGAAUAAAGCGUUUCAUGUUGGAAGAAGAAUUCAAGCCGCCAGGACGAGAUGUCGUAAAUUCAGAAAAUGCUAUUGAGCUUAGUGACACUGUGUUUAUGUGGGGUGGCGAUACCUGUAACAACAAUGAUCCAAACGGCAAUCUUACGUCCGGUGAUUCUAAAGAUUUAGAUCGCGACUCCUCACCGUUUGUAUUGCGAAAUAUCAAUUUUACAAUCACUAGGGGAAGGCAUAUUGGAAUAUGUGGAACUAUUGGUUGUGGAAAAUCGUCUUUGUUGCAAGCACUGAUCGGAAGGAUGUCGCUGCUUACCGGUCAUCUGGCUGUUGAUGGUUCAGUGGCGUAUGCUGCACAGCAGGCAUGGGUAUUUAAGGGGACGUUGAGGGAAAAUAUCCUUUUCGGAAACCCCUAUAAACAACAUUGGUAUAAUACGGUUUUGCAAGCCUGUAGCUUGAAUACAGAUCUCCGCCUCCUAGCCGACGGUGACAUGACUGAGAUUGGUGAUAAAGGAAUAAACCUAAGUGGUGGUCAGAAACAGCGCGUGUGCGUGGCACGCGCUGUCUACAGUAAACGCGACAUCUAUCUCCUUGACGACCCACUGUCCGCCGUUGAUGUCCAUAUUGGGCAGCAUUUGUUCCACAAAUGUAUUGAUACUGUUUUGAAGGACAAAACCGUUGUUUUGGUAACUCAUCAACUCCAGUAUUUAAAACACUGUGACGAAAUUUACGUUAUGGACGAUGGUGAAAUAAGCGAACAUGGAACUCAUGAGUCGUUGUUGGCCAAGGAGGGACAUUACACCAAGUUAAUGAAGCAAUUCAACAACAACAACAACAACAAUGACAAAAUCUUCGAGGGUGAUGACGUAUAUUUGGACAAAUCGAUCGAUAUCACAAAAAAUCAGCAGCAGAACGAGUCUGCAGGAAUGGCUAGCUAUGACCAUAACUAUGAAAAAGACAGGGAGACGUCAAAGGCAGGCAACAUAAGUUUGGAUACAUACUUGAGCUACGUUCGUGCAGCAGGAGGGAAGAUAGUAACAGCUGUGGUGGUCCUGCUAUAUGUAUGCUCAAUUUCGUCGAUGGCAUUCAGUGAAUGGUGGCUUGGAAUUUGGAUUGAGAAGAGUACUAAAACAGCUCAGGCACCACUCAUUUCCGAGUCCAAUGAAACAGGCAUACAUUCCUCAAUUCAUAAGAAUGUGUCCACGUCCCCAGUACGGACACCGAACACAACUGUCUCCUGGGAAACGAUGGAAGAACUAGAGGAAACGGAUUGGUAUUUGCUUGUUUAUGUAUUUACAACUCUAAUGAUUGCUGGACUAGCUGUAUUAAAAGCAGUAGUAGCAGGUGUGGUGAUGAUAAGAGCGUCAAUAAACCUACACCACAAGGCCAUAGAUGGAGUGAUGAGUGCCCCUAUGAAGUUCUUUGAUGCAAAUCCACCGGGUAGAAUCAUAAACCGAUUCUCGCGAGACACAGAAGAUGCUGAUAUAUUUCUUCCGCAACUGAUGGAUGAUCUACUCCAAGUCGUGAUUUUGAUAGCAACAUCUCUUGUGAGCGCAGCCUUCAAUUUCCCAUUGAUCCUAGUCGCGGUUGCUCCCGUUGGAUUUUACUUUUAUGUUAUCAAAAAUAUAGCAUCCGUGUCAAUCCGAAAUAUCAAACGACUUGAAAACGUCGUAAGGUCAUCCCUUAUAAAUCACGUGACUACAUCAUGCAGUGGACUUAAUACUAUUGUUUCCUUCUCGCAAGAAAAUAACUUUGUCAAUGGGUGUAAGCAGCACUCGGACAGCACUUCAGUUGGGCUGUUUCUUUAUGAAACCUGCAUCAAGUGGAUGGGCCAGAGAAUGGGCUUCGGAGGUUCUGUACUGACAAUUAUUAUAACUAUCAUUGUACUCUUCACCAAAGGAACCGUAUCUCCUGCUUUGGCAGCUCUGUCACUAACCAUGUCCAUGAAGAUGACAUCACUUAUCCUGUUCUGCGCCCGUUUGGUAAAUGAGGUUGAAUCCAGAUUUACAUCAAUUGAACGUUUACAUGAGUAUGAGAACCUCGAAACAGAGAAGGAAACUGGGAGUUCGACAGUAGACCAAAACUGGCCAAGCCAAGGAAGGAUAACGUUCUCAAAUGUGACGAUGAAAUAUCGCAUUGACAUGGAUCCCGUACUUCAUAACAUUAGUUUUGAUAUCCUUCCUAAACAAAAAGUCGGCAUUGUCGGCCGUACUGGAGCAGGUAAAUCUUCCUUAGCUGCUGCGCUGUUCGGAUUGGCUGAUUUAUCGGGAGGACACAUAUUCAUUGAUGACGUUGAAAUUGGAACUAUAACCCGGAAACUUCUGCGUUCAAAAUUGUCGUCGAUUCCUCAAGACCCUGUCCUUUUUGCUGGUACACUAAGGUAUAACCUGGAUCCAUUUGACAAAUACACGGACGCAAUGGUGUGGGCAGCACUGGAACAGGUCCACAUGAAGGAAAAGAUGAAACUUCUUGGCCAGACUCUUGAUUUAAACAUCGAGGAAAAUGGUGAAAAUUUCUCCGUGGGCGAAAGACAACUUAUGUGUUUGGCACGUGCUAUCUUACGUCAAAAUAAGAUCCUGGUCUUGGACGAGGCAACAGCGUCCAUCGACACGUCCACAAACGCUAAGAUACAGGAUACGAUCCGGGACAGCUUCUCCGACUGUACCGUCCUUACUAUCGCCCACAGACUCAAAACCAUCUCACAUUGUGACGUCAUACUGGUUUUGGAGGCCGGACACGUCAUAGAAAUGGGCAAUCCGCAGACCCUGUUACAGAAACCGUAUUCGCAUUUCAGUUAUAUGAUUCGCGCUCAAACUACGCAGCUACCGGAAGUUUGA